AUGAAGAACUUUUUAGCUCUAGCCGCAAGGGUCUCAAUUAGGAUAGGUAAUGGUAACAGGACCAAAUUCUGGAAGGACCCUUGGUGCUCAGAUGAACCUCUUGUUGAGUCCUUCCCCCUCCUCUUCCAAUGUGCUUCAGAUCAUGAGGCCUUAGUUGGAGAGUGCUAUAGUAUUUCUGGUGAUUCGGUUCUUUGGACUCCCUCAUUUCAAAUGAAUCUUUUUGACUGGGAGGUGGAAAAGGUUUUGAAUCUGUUGACUUGUCUUCAAAACCAAGAGUUGGAUUACAGUUUGAAGGAUAAGUGGCAUUGGAAGUGGAACUCUGAUGGGGUGUUCUCUGUUAAAUCUUUGGUUGCUAAUCUCAGUAGGAGGGGUGUUCCUGAUUUCCCAGAUCGGCAAGUGUGGAAUCCCAACAGCCCAACAAAAGCCAACUUCCUAGUUUGGACUAUGGCUCUUAAUAAAUGUCUUUCUAAGGAGAACCUAGUGAGAAGGGGAAUUCAGGUUUCAGACUUGUCUUGUAGUCUAUGUGGGAGCAGUGCUGAAUCUACUGAUCAUUUGUGUAUCCAUUGUCCAUACUCUACUCAAUUGUGGAACCAUUUCCUCAACUCCUUGAAGGUAUGUUGGGUGAUGCCGAGGUCGGUAAAAGAGCUAUUGUGUUGUUGGCAGCUUAUGGGUUUGAGCAAGAAGAAGAAGGCUGUCUGGAAGAUGGUGCCAAUUGUUGUAGUUUGGUCCAUCUGGACCGAGAGGAAUACAAGGAUUUUCAGUAACAAGAUUCUAAGUCCAGAAGAGUUAAUUCAGAAAUCAGUGGGCAAGUUGAUUUCUUGGGUGUCUGUGGAUGCGGAUUUUAGAAACUAUAAUGUGUCAAAUGUAUUUCUUUCUAGCUCUUGA